AUACCGUUUUCGUUCGUUUCUACUGGUUGAAGACCUUGAGCAACCUUCGUCGUAGCGGCGGACUGGCAUCGCCGAUCGAGUUUUAUUGUUGUUUAUCUUUUAGUAGUUGCUUUGCUUCGUCGGUUUUUACACUAAAACACCAACCGAUUGAAGAAGACGAUAACCAGUUCUUGUUAUGUUUUGUGUCAAGUCAGCAACUGGUUUUCGCGACGAAGCGAACGUGCCAAAUACAAAAGUUUUCGCGAAAUAUUAAAAUUUUUGUGAUUACUUUGAUUUUGUGAAGUGUUACUUAUUUUAGUGUGGUGAUACUUUUUUGUAGUUUUUCAUUCGUGAUAUUAUUGUUAUUAAUAUGGAUAAUAAGUUUGAGAGCGUUUUUGGUGAUAACAAGUUAAAAAUUUUGGUUAUUUUCUUAUUAUGUAUUUCAUUUUCGGAAGCCCACAAUUUUUGGAAAUUUCCUAGUUAUAAUUCCACAUUAAGCAGAGUAAAAAGACAAAACUGUGGAUUUAAUUGUGCGAAUGGAGACUGCAUUUCUACGGAUAAUGUUUGCGAUGGCACUGUUGAGUGUAAGGAUGGUUCCGAUGAAACUGAGAAAAUGUGCUCUGCUCUUCCAUGUCCUUCAUUUUUAUUUAAAUGCAAUUAUGGAGCUUGUAUAAACAAAGAAAAACUCUGUAAUGGUAUUAAAGAUUGUGCUGAUAAUUCGGAUGAAACUGGACAAGGUUGUACAACCGGUUCUUCAGCUUGCAGCCCAACUGAAUUUCGUUGCCAAAAUGAUGAGUGUAUAAACGCAUUUUUAGUAUGCGAUGGUCGAAAAGACUGUAGUGAUGGUUCGGAUGAAACGGUGGAUUCGUGCAGAGGAAACGUAUGCGCUUCUUUCUUGAUCAAAUGUAAUUAUGGCGCUUGCGUGGAUAAAAACUCACGAUGCAAUGGUAUCAAAGAAUGUGCAGACGGUUCCGAUGAAUUUGGAUGUGACUCAACACCUCCGGUUACAUCAGUUGUAGUGCCGGUUACAACGGUUGUAGUGCCAGUUACACCAUCUACAGGCGGUGAUGUACCUGAUGGCGGUUGUCGUCUGUUAAAUCAUCCACCAAAUGGUCAACGUUACUUUCCCACCGGCCGCAAAUAUGUUCCUAAUGAUCCAGUAGAUAAAGGGACAAGUAUUACGGUUAAAUGUAACCCUGGAUAUAGACCUACCAAUUUAAUAGGAGGCGGCGUUGCUUAUUGUAUAAAUGGAAAAUGGCUUGGAGACACUUCUGACAAUGUUUGCUAUAAAGGGUGUCCACCGUUAAUUGAUUCAACAUUUGUUGCGCAUUGCACAAGAGGUUCCCAAUCAGUAAAUUGUUCAGCAGCAAUCGAAGGCACAGUGGCGAAUGUCGAAUGUAAGAAUUUUUAUACAUACGGAGUACGUAAAACGAAGACCACGCAGUGCAGUGCAGGACAAUGGUAUCCUAAUGUAGGAUCUUGCGAUGCAGAAUGCGGCCUUAAAAGAGUAAACGCACAGACGUUAAUUAUCGGUGGAUCACAAGCACAACCUGGUGAAUAUCCAUGGAUAGUUGCUAUUUACGAUAAUACUAAUACUCACAUUUGCGGAGGAUCGAUUAUUUCAACAAGAUUCGUGGUCUCUGCCGCUCAUUGUUUCAGUAAUUUAGACAACGGAGACGUUUUCGAUAAGGAAGGUUAUACAUUGAUAGCCGGUAAAUUUCAUAGAGACAUCAAUGAUGACCGCGAUAAGGGUACUCAACAAGUGAGGAAAAUUGAAAAAUUAAUUGUUCACGAAGAUUAUAGAGGAAGAAUUAGAAAUUACCAGUACGAUAUCUCACUUAUUAAAUUAAACGAAGACUUGGUGUUGGGGUUACAAGUUCAACCGGUUUGUUUGGAUUAUGAUCACAGAUACGAAGAUAUCAGUUUGACAGAUGGGAAUAAGGGUGUUGUGGCCGGAUGGGGAUACACUUCGGAAGGUUCCGACCCAGCAGCCGAACUUAAAAAAGUCAUUCUACCCGUUCAAAAUCAAGCAAAAUGUAAAGAACACCUACCAAAAGACUUUUAUGACAUAUUUUACACCCCCGAUAAAAUAUGCGCUGGUUACGUUGAUCAAGCUACAACAGUUUGCAGUGGAGAUAGUGGUGGCGGAUUCUAUUUUCAAUCCGAUGUAAAAUUUUAUAUAAGAGGAAUCGUUAGCUUAUCUCCAAGCUCGAAAGUGGGAUGCAGCAAAAAUCUUUAUGCUUUGUAUACAAAGGUUUCGUCGUACGAUAAGUGGUUAGAACGAACAAUGUAUAGCGGAAAUAUUUAAAAAAUAUAAAGAAUUUUGAAUAAACAAAAAGUAUUUUUCAAUAAAAGGCAUUUUAAACUGUAAA